GAGAGAGAGAGAGAGUGAGAGAGAGAGAGAGAGAGAGAGAGAGCGACCAACCCUCUUCUGGGCGCCGCGUCACUAAUUUGCUGUCCAGUUUCCGUGCACUCCUGUGCACCUGCCUGACUUCUUAGUAACAAAAUCUCACCUGAAUUUUAGAGAAUGGAGCCUACCACUCUUCCUUCCCUUCUUGGUGAUUUUAACGAGCGCUACUCGGUCUCCGUAACUCCUUUCAAUGUUACAUUCUCCGAGGAUCUGCUGCUUCUGCCUUCAAAAAGCAACGACACCAUCAGGGCUACAAACAGGGACACUACAAGUCUCAUCAUCGCCGUGUGUAUCACGGCUCUCUACUCUCUCAUCUGUGUGGUGGGACUACUAGGAAACGUGCUUGUAAUGUACGGGGUGGUCAGGUACACCAAGAUGAAGACCGCCACCAACAUCUACAUCUUCAACCUCGCUCUUGCUGAUGCUCUCGCCACCAGCACCCUCCCCUUCCAGAGCGCCAAGUACCUGAUGAGCACAUGGCCCUUUGGGGAGCUGUUGUGUAAAGUGGUUAUUGCCAUCGACUACUACAACAUGUUCACCAGCAUCUUCACUCUCACCAUGAUGAGCGUGGACCGCUACAUCGCUGUAUGUCAUCCGGUGAGGGCCCUGGACUUCCGCACGCCUGCCAAAGCCAAACUCAUCAACGUCUGCAUCUGGAUCCUCUCCUCUGCUGUCGGAGUACCUGUGAUGAUCAUAGCUGUUACCAAGGUGAUGGAUAAAGGAAACACUGUCUGCACACUCGGAUUUCCCGAACCUGACUGGUACUGGGACACAGUGAUGAAAAUCUGCGUGUUCAUCUUUGCGUUUGUGGUACCCGUCCUGGUCAUCACUGUCUGCUAUGGUCUGAUGAUCCUGCGACUCAAGAGCGUCCGUCUGCUCUCUGGCUCUAAAGAGAAAGACAGGAACCUGCGGCGCAUCACCCGCAUGGUCCUGGUGGUCGUGGCAGCCUUCAUCAUCUGCUGGACUCCCAUCCACAUCUUCAUCAUUGUCAAGACCAUGGUGAAAAUUGACCACAAGGAUCUCCUUGUAAUGGCCAGCUGGCAUCUGUGCAUUGCACUGGGCUACACCAACAGCAGUCUCAACCCUGUGCUGUACGCCUUCUUGGAUGAGAACUUCAAGAGGUGCUUCAGGGAUUUCUGCCUGCCCUAUCGCUCCCGCCAGGACCAGAGCAGCUUCUCCAGAGCGCGCAACAGCACACGAGAGCCUGUGUCUGUUUGUGCUCCUGCGAUGAGAGAGAGACUGCCGGCCUGACUAGGCAUGGAUCAGUGCGGCGGGGGAACAGUUCAGGAUGACCUCCAGAGCGAGGUCACACAGUUGUCCACCACAGGAGUCUGAGUCUGCAGACAUACAGUCGGCUUUUUACUUGCCGCAUAAAUUGUUCAGUUGUGUUUUUGAAUUCAUGUAAAGAAAUGAAACUGUAUAACCUGUGCAUAAGGAAAUGGAUAGAAUCUUGGAGUGUAUACACACACACACACACACACACACACACACACACACACACACACACACACACACGCGCACACACACACACACACGCAUGCACACACACACACACACACACACACACGCACGCACACACACACACACACACAUACCCAUUUAAACUUGCAGGGUCCUGCAGUUUGGUCCCCACAAAGCUGUUGGACCCUGCAAGUAUAGUGCGCUCCUGGUUUUUGGACUGCAUAAAUAUAGUAAAACAAAGCCACCGACACACACAGACAGACACUACAGGGAGAGUUCCAAGAGUUAUAUGUUUUUUACUGUUUUGGCUCUACUUCAGCAGAAUAAAAGAUAAAUACAAGGUUAAAAUGUUGACUCUCUAAGCUUUAAAAAUGAUUGUGGGUCUUCACAUCCAUAUAAGGUGAACAAUGGAGGACUCAUUGCCACGUUUAUACAUAGUCUCACCAUGAUCAUUUUGCCAGGCAGGACAUUGAUCCUAAACACACAGACAAGGCCACCAAAGAGUCUUUUUAUGGCCAAACACUGGCCAGUGUAUGAUUGGACGAGUCAGUCACCUGACUUCAUCCCCACAGACAAUGUGCUGCACUUGAAGGAGACCAGACUUACUGAGAAAAUCCUCUGUAGCAGCAAGAAGUGAAGACAGCUGCAGUCCAGGCUUGGCCUCGCAUCAGAAGUGAAGAUAUUUCUGGGAAUCAGACACUUCAGCCUGUCAUUGAUUUACAGCUAGAUAUUACACAUGAUGACUUUAUUUAACUUUAGACUGGCUUGUGAAAUUAAUUUCUAUUCCCUAAAACUGGGGGACUGCUAUGGCUGAAAACAAAGCUAUGUGAGUAGUGAGAGAGAACCCAAAAUCAAACCAAUGAGCCGACAGACACUGUAAUGCUCUGUAGAGCUGAGAAGAACUGAGUUAAGUGAUAAUUAUCUGUGGUUUUAUGACUACAAGCUGCUCCUUUCACAUUACACAUAGUCACUGAAUCAAUUGCUAAUAUAAAGUAUUAUAGAGCAGCUUUAAAGCUGAAUUUGCUUUAACCUGAGGGUUCAAGUUCAUAUCCAGUGCACUGGAGUAUAGAGCCAACACAGUGAAACACGUCUCUGCACUUAUUCUUUCUGACUACAUCUGGACUAGUAAUAGUAUUUUCAUUCAACCUCACUGGGGAUGUAAAUGAGAAUCCAAUAAUGUGAAUGUUUAGCCGAGACUGUUUUCAUUGUCUCUCUGUGAUAUUUAGAUUAGAGGAUGUAUCCAAUUUCAUGCACUUUCUUGUGGCAGUAGGAGGAGAAAUAAGACACGAAGGCCACACAUAUAAUUGAGGAAGAUUUUAAAAGAGGUGAAAUUCAAAAUGACCACUGCGCCAUGUUUCAGUGUCAUUUUUCCACUUUUACUGAACCAAUACAUUAUGAAAGACGCUUGUAAAAGACACCUUAAAUAAAAUGAAAACUAAAAUAUGGCCUUCAUGAUUAAGCAGGGAUGACGAGCGCUUCAGGCAUAUAUUCACAAUGAACAUCGGUGCUCAGCUGACUCACUGUUUCCACUCCUCUAGCAGUUAGGCUGCUCUAUUUCUUUUUGUGCAACCAAAAUAUUCAGCUCACAGUAAACUGAGCAGCUGAGGAGAAAGAAACUGGCGCUGCAGUUCAGUUUCAACUCACAGAGAGGUGAGUGAAUGAAGGCAAUUCUGAAUCGGAUCCAAUGCAUUAGCAUGCCACAAGAAUCUUCCCAUACAUACUACAGCUAAUGGACAAUUUUCCACUGAUCGUUGGACACUUGCUGUGGUAGAUAUGGACUUUUUUUCAGUCAAAUUGAUGCCAGUCAUCUUUCCACUGCAGCAAUGCAGCUUUGUUAGAAAGGCAGGCAUCUACAGUAUAUACUGUAUCAAGUGUAAAGUUAGUAUCGUUAUGUAACAGCAUAUUAAGUGAUAAUGUGAUUUUUUCUCUUUUGUUUUAAUGUGCCGUCAAGCUGUUGUACCAUUAAGCUUCACUUGUAACCUAUUAGUUAAGUCAAAUAUUAUAUAACUAUGUAUUUACACCAAGUGCUAUAAGUAAUAAGUGAAGCAUUUGAAAUUUAAAAAAAAAAAAAGAAAAAGUUCCUGUCUCCAGUCUGAAUUGUCUCUAACUUUUUUUUUUUUUUUAAUACAGCCAUCACUGUAAGAAAAGCAUUUAUAAAUGUUUUCUGCAGUGUGGUCGACAAUAUGUUCAGCUGAAUGAAAAUCUGUACCAUAAUGCCUUAUUCAGCGUUAUGUUUAGUUCUCGUUGCAACAAGUGAAUUGUUGUGUAGAAAAAAAGUGCUUGAUCUUUAUAAUUUCUCACAUUUUUUUCUUUCACCAAAUGUAAUAUAUAAAGUAAUUUAUUAUAUAAAUGUAAUUAAUUUUGUCUUUUGAAAACAAUGAUACAACCAUUAUAUGGAAUAGCAUAAGUUGUAUCUUGUAAGUGCUUUUAUUUUGAAAUAUUGUUGUUGAUAACUUUUAGUUUGAAUCCAGUAAUUUGUUUUCCGUGGUUGUUAUUACAAAUGUUGUUUACACUUCUACUCUGUAAAUGCCAGUGAGGCCUCAUGGGAGUUACAGAUGUAAUUAGUUGGUACAAUGAUGUAUGGAUUACUGAUUGGGAUAUGUGGACGGGGGCCCAGGGGCCUUUGACCUGGAAGCCCCUUGUGUUCACAGGUCACAGGGGGUUAAUAAGAUGCUUCUAAAAUGCGUGUGUAAAUGUGACUGAACAAAUGAAAGCACAAUGUGAAAUAAGUCAGGGAUGAUAUCGCGGUGUCUGGACUCCAGAUGCCCUGAAGAAAUAACUCAUAUUACAGUGUAUCAAUUAAAGGAUAAGGCUGGUGAUAUAUUAUAUUUCUGUUAUUGUCAACAAAUCCUAUGAACCUCCGCAACCUGUCUGUGGCUCUCACCAUGAGCACACUCACUCCUACUGAAGACAUAUAUCUUUAUAUCUUUACAAAUGAGACACAAAUAUAUAUUUAAUUAAAAAAAAAGAAAAGAAAAGUUAAACAGUGUAUUUCUUAUGGGCGAUUUGCUCUAUUAAGUAUUUACAACAGCAGCACAGUGUAUGAGGGAUUCACUCAAAAUAAAUUACAGUUCCCAUGUUCUUGAUAAUGAAGGAACAUAACGCCCAGUACACAGUGUGGCUCACUCAUGUGCUUUUAAUAUUUUUUGGACCGUAAUGGAGCUCUAUGACACAGAGGAGUAUGUUACAUCAGGCUUUGGCUACACAGACAUGAACAAUUUAUUAUUGUUUUUUUUCCUUCUACACAAUUUAUUGACACUAAGGCAAAUGUAGAAUAACACAAGCCUUAUCGUUUAAAUUACACAGGCCCAAAGCCCACGACUGACACGAAGUCAGACUACCACUUUAUUCACACUUUUUGUACACUCAUUGUGGAAAAAUAAAUAAUAAAAUAAACCACUGAACAAUC